AUGAUUCUCAAAAAGAAAUCAUUAGGAAGUCGUAUUUUGAUUUGUAAAAUAAUCCUACUCACACUUUACACCAUUCUAAUUGUUCAUACACACUUCAAAUAUUUCCGUUCAAAAGAGAUUGUUUAUAAUUACACACGUGAGAUAUUGAUAAUUGGAGAUACGCAACAAAGCGAAAGUAUUGAAACUUGCCGUACAGUUUGCGAAAAUAUUCAGAGUGUUCCCAGACAUAGAAUAGAUGAGUUCAAGCAAAGUGGAGCGGUAACAGUGAAUGCAAAUUUAACGAAUGCUGAAAUCAUGAUAAAUGACACCUUCUCACCACAUCUAAUCGGUGGUUCAUGGAUGUUUAAAGAGGAGAACAAUAAUUCAGAAUCAAAUUGUAGUCAUGUCCCGAAAUCCGGUGUGGCGAUUAUCUUUGUCUGCAAAAACAGAUGGAAGCAACUGAAUAUCACACUGUCCACACUAAUUCCAAUCCUUCAGAAGCAGCGUCUAUGUUAUCGAAUAUUUGUUGUUGAACAGGAGGAUGAUGGCCUUUUGAACAAGGCUAUGCUUCUGAACAUUGGAUUUGUAGAAGCAAAGAAACGUUUCGACUUCGCCUGUGCGGUAUUCCAUGACGCUGACUUAGCACCAUUGGAUGAUAGAAUUCCAUACGGAUGUGAUAAGCAGACAAUGAAGACAGUUGUACAUUUAAGUGUUGGUGUAAGUUCAUGGAAUUAUAAACUUCCCUACAAAACACUGAUUGGAGGUGUCUUGAAAAUCUCAACUCAACAUUUCUUAGCAGUUAACGGUUAUUCAAAUAGUUAUUGGGGAUGGGGUGCAGAGGAUGAUGAUUUAGAGAGACGUUUAAAUGCUGCACAUAUAGAAUACAUUCACAUAAAUGAAAGUAUUGCGCGGUAUCUGGCUUUACCACAUCCUAUACAAACUCGUUCCCAAUCCAAACUGCGCUAUAGUCUGUUGUACAAAGCAUCUGAACGUAUGCAUACAGAUGGUUUAAACAGUUUAAAAUAUAACAUUACUAUAAUUUCUGAACAAAGAUACUACACUUAUUUCCUAAUCUCAGUUCAUCAACCGUCUUAACUCUUUACCUUCAUUACCUCCCUAAAUAAGUUAAUCUACCAAACUAGAUAUUCACCACUUAUUUUUUACCUGUUGCAUGACAUUUUAGUGGCUUAUAUUACCUGAUAAAUAUAUGUGAACACUGAUAAAAUACACCCAGAUUUACCUAAACAGACUCGCUUAAACAUAGAAAGGAAAUUGAAUCAGACAGAAAUUAUAAUGUGAUCCAUCUGCACGAUUCAGCAAUGUCUCAUCAGAUCAUAUCAUUCACUCUGAAGUCCUUCCCUCCAUUCAAAUAACUCAAAUUGAACACCGACUAUCAUGGAGUAGCCUUCUGAAGGAUAAAUCAUCCAAUGCAUUUAUUGGCUGUGAACAGAACAUGUAUGUAAUUGACUUCUCCUUGAUGAUAACCGUCUCAAAUCUUAUCUUCCCUGUACAUCCAUGAUACUUAUAGUCUUAUUGUUAUUACAAGAAUGAUAUUUACAGGUUUUCUAAUUGCCAUUGCUUAUGACUUGACAAUUAUUGAUAAUUUCAUAUUCAUCUGUUAUGCUUCACUUGUCUGAGUUAUCAGCUAAAACUUCUC